UUCAGCUGAUUAACAUGCGCGCACGCAUCGGCCCGGACUCGCGGAAACCGAUGGUAAUCAGUCUAUACCGCGGUCGGCGAUGCGCCGUGUAAACAACGGCUAUACGUGUAAGCGCGAGCACKGCACUCGAACACCACACGAUUACCAUAAAUUAAUAAUAAUACGUAGCCGCGUGAUAUAACGUUAUAUUUUGUCGUCCGCGCACGUGUAAACGGCGGGUUUCGCGACCAUGUUCCCGGCCGCCGGGUUGACGGUGAGACGCACCGCCGUCGCCGCGGCCAGACCGCGUUUCCGGAUCGUCGUGGCCGGCGUCCGCCACCGGUGCAGCGACGACCGGAAAUACGCGGUCGGGUCUACGCGCCGUCCACCGGAACCCAAACCGAGGCGGUCGUUCGAGCGGCUCAGCUGCGGYCGCGGUGCCACUGACUUCUGCACCACCGUCGGUUAUAGUACGCGCGCCGGCAAAAGGAUCGUACCUUUCGUGUUGGCCGACAUCGGUGAGGGUAUCAGCGAGGUGACCGUCAAGGAAUGGUACGUGAACGUGGGCGACGUGGUAUCAGAAUUCGACGACGUGUGCGAGGUGGAGAGCGACAAGGCGACCGUGACCAUCACUAGUCGGUUCGCGGGCGCCGUGACCAAGAUGCACUACGAGGUGGGCGCCACGGCCCGGGUGGGCAGUGCUCUGGUGGACGUCGAGGUGGACGAGGACGGCGAUGAGACUGCGGCCCCGGAGCAGGUGGUGGCACAUAGUACAGAGGAAGUCACCACCGGGUCUUCGGGUGAACCUGCAGGCGCCGACGCUGCAGACGGUGCUGGCGUAACUGCGCAGGUGCUGACCACUCCAGCGGUGCGCAGGAUCGCCGCCGAAAAAGGUAUCGAUUUGACUACUGUCCGAGGUACUGGCAAAGAUGGUCGGGUGCUCAAGGAGGACGUACUCGAGUUGGCCGACCAGUGGUCAGUCCCCGCUCCCAACCCUACCAGAACAGCGGUUGUCAGUCAGCCGCCGCCGUCGACGACGCCRCUGCAGGACUUCGUGCCGUUGACCGGUUACGCAAAGACCAUGCGGGUCACGAUGGAGGCGUCCAACAAGAUACCGACGUUGGUUAUCACGGACGAGGUGAAUCUCACUCGGUUGAUGGAACUGAAGGCGCAGCUGGCGCCACACAUCAAGUUGACACUGCUGCCGUUCCUGUUGAAAGCCACCUCGCUGGCAUUGGCUAGGCACCCGCGUAUCAACAGCACUGCCAGCCCAGAUUUCGGGUCGUACAGGCCCAACGCACAGCACAACAUCGGCGUGGCCAUCGACACGCCACUCGGGCUGGCGGUACCCAACGUCAAGAACGUGCAGACGCUGUCCGUGGUCGGCGUGGCCCGCCGGCUGGCCGAGCUCCGGGCCAAGGCCGCGGCUGGCAAGCUGGCGCCAGCCGACGUGACGGGCGGCACGUUCACGCUGUCCAACAUGGGCUCGAUCGCGGGCUCCGCGUUUCAGCCGAUGAUCCURCCACCCGAGGUGGCCAUCGGAGCGUUGGGCCGGAUCAACUACCGGCCACGGUACGACGACCAACAGCAACUGGUUCGGACACCCGUCAUGGGCGUGUCUUGGGGGGCUGACCAUCGGAUCCUGGACGGCGCCACGGUGGCCAGGUUCUUCAAGGACUGGAAGACGUACGUGGAGAACCCGUCGCUUGUGUUGGCCGACGUUCAGUUGGAGUCUGAAACGCCAUAGUUGUCGUAAUAUAACACUGCCAUCUCGUCCGAGGUUUUACACCUUUUAUAAUAUYAAGAUUUCUAUUGCGUGUUUUUUAUGAUAAAUAAAUUACUGUUUAAUAUAAAUAUGAUGUGUAAUAAACAAAGACCGAAGUUUUA